CUCACGAACGGUGGUUUCCAAGCAACCGGUUUGUUUGAACGGAAGUUAAAGCCAAGCGACAGGAGGACGAGUGUCUGUUUCAAGUUUAGCACCGCACACUUUCACUGUUUUUAGGUGAAAAUGUUUAACGCUGAAUUACUCUCAGACCGCAUGGCUAGAGCAAGUCUACAGAGGCGUCGUAACGCAGAGUCUGAGAGACAGGAGAGGAUUUUUAAGGACAAAGUGAGGACUAUCGGGGUUGACAAAGAAGCACUGGAAAAUCAGAUGAAGGAAAAGAAGAAACAAGAAGAAGCAGCAAAAGAGGAACAAAAUGCUUUUGAUGCUGAUAUGCUCCACAAUAGCAAAUUAGCUUGCCUUCUCCAUAGUAGACAAGUGAAGGAGAAGCGUGCGAUAGAAAAAGCCAUCGUCAACCACAGGCAUCAGUACCAGCAGCCUCAGAGCCAGCGGGAGUAUGACCUGAACGACCCGGACCGCUGUAGAAAAACACAGCCAGGUGAUGCACAGAUGAUGCCCCCUGGGCUGGUGGGCGAGGACCCAGACAGUAAAAGCAGAAGGCAGAGACAGAGGGAACAGCUAAGAGAGUGGCUCAUCCAGCAGCAGAGUGAGCGAGCAGCAGAGAAGCAUCAGCUAGAGCUGGAAGAGCAACGCUAUAACCAAAGCAGGGUAGAAAUGGACAACAAAAUUCUGCAGCUUCAGAGUACGGAGAUGGAGAGGAGAAGAGCAGCAGCAAUUGCCACUAAAGAGUACAAUCUAGCCAAGAUUGAAGAGAAACAGCAAACACAGCUGGUGGGUGUAGAUGACAAAUCCUCCUUGGACACAGUGGGAGUGCCCGGUCUUUGUUCCAGCAGCGAUAUAAGAGCCCCUCCAGAGAGCCUGCAGGAGAUCGUCCAGUUCCAGAAAUAUCAAAUAGAGGAGAAAAAGAGGAUGGACUCAGAGAAAAAGAAAGAAGAGGAGCAAUAUGACCGUAUCCGUGUGGACUCGGCUCGUACAGCUCUGUUAAUGGAGAGGCAACAGGCGAGACUGAACAAGCAGUUAAGACGAAACCUGGACAACACCAACGCCACACUCGCCCAUAUGCACAAGCAGCAGAAACCAGACAUUGAACGAGGAUGCAUUGACGACAACUUCUUCUCCAAAUUCAACACCUGCAGCAGAUGAUGGAUGACACGCUGCACUGACAACUGGCUUGUUACGGCGGUUUAGUACUGAUGUUACAUGA